GCCCCCGGCUUUGCCUCCCGCUGCCGCCGCCUCCGCCGCAGCCGCUGCCGCUGCCGCCGCCGCUUUUCGCGGCCUGGGCUUCCCGCCGCCAGCAUGCCGCACGCCUUCAAGCCCGGGGACUUGGUGUUCGCCAAGAUGAAGGGCUACCCGCACUGGCCGGCCCGGAUCGAUGACAUCGCCGACGGUGCCGUGAAGCCCCCGCCCAACAAGUACCCCAUCUUCUUCUUUGGUACACACGAAACAGCCUUCCUGGGACCCAAGGACCUGUUCCCUUACGACAAGUGUAAAGACAAGUACGGGAAGCCCAACAAGAGGAAAGGCUUCAAUGAGGGCCUGUGGGAGAUCCAGAACAACCCCCACGCCAGCUACAGCGCGCCUCUGCCGGUGAGCUCCUCUGACAGCGAGGCCGCUGAAGCGGACCGGGCAGGUGGCAGUGAGGAUGACGAGGACCGGGGGGUCAUGGCUGUCACAGCUGUGACCGCCGCAGCCACCAGUGACAGGAUGGAGAGCGACUCUGACUCUGACAAGAGCAGCGACAACAGCGGCCUUAAGCGGAAGGCCGUGGCCUUGAAGAUGUCGGUCUCAAAACGAACUCGAAAGGCCUCCAGCGAACUGGAUCAAGCCAGCAUGUCUCCAUCUGAGGAGGAGAACUCGGAAAGCUCCUCCGAGUCAGAGAAGACCAGUGACCAGGACUUCACUCCUGAGAAGAAACCUGUUGUCCGGGCCCCACGGCGGGGCCCCCUUCCAGGACGGAAGAAAAAGAAGGCGCCCUCUGCAUCAGACUCGGACUCCAAAGCAGAAUCGGACGCAGCCAAGGCUGAGCCGGUGCCCCCGGUGAGGUCGCCAUCAUCGUCCUCCGCCUCUUCCUCCUCUUCCUCUUCGGACUCGGAAGUGUCAGUCAAGAAGCCUCCGCGAGGCCGGAAGCCAGCCGAGAAACCUCCGCCCAAGCCACGUGGGCGGAAACCUAAGCCUGAGCGGCCGCCCACCAGCUCCAGCAGCGACAGCGACAGCGACGAGGUGGACCGCAUCAGCGAGUGGAAGCGCCGGGACGAGGAGCGGCGGCGCGAGCUGGAGGCCAGGCGGCGCCGGGAGCAGGAGGAGGAGCUGCGGCGGCUGAGAGAGCAGGAGAAGGAGGAGAAGGAGCGUCGGCGUGAGCGCGAGCGCGGGGAGACAGCGCCUGGGGGCAGCGCGGGCAGCAGCGGCGAGGAGCUCAAGGACGACGAUGAGCCAGUCAAGAAGCGCGGCCGCAAGGGCCGGGGUCGGGGCCCACAGUCCUCCUCCGACUCGGAGCCCGAGGCCGAGCUGGACAGAGAGGUGAAGAAAUCAGCUAAGAAGCUGCAGCCACAGAGCACAGAGCCUGCGAGGAGACCCAGCCAGAAGGAGAAGAGGGGACGUUCUGAGGAGAAGCCGCGAGCCAGGCCUGUGAAGGUGGAGCGGACCCGGAAGCGGUCAGAAGGGUUCCCACCAGACCGGAAGGUUGAGAAGAAAAAAGGCCCAGCGCUGCCUGCUCUCCUACCUGCAGAGCCCUCCGUGGAGGAGAAGCUACAGAAACUACACAGCGAGAUCAAGUUCGCCCUGAAGGUUGACAAUCCGGAUGUGAAGAGGUGUCUGAAUGCCUUGGAGGAACUAGGGACCCUGCAGGUGACCUCACAGAUCCUUCAGAAGAAUACGGAUGUCGUGGCCACGUUGAAAAAGAUCCGCCGCUACAAGGCCAACAAGGAGGUGAUGGAGAAGGCGGCGGAGGUCUACACCCGGCUCAAGUCUCGGGUCCUGGGACCAAAGAUCGAGGCCAUCCAGAAGGCGACCAAAACCGGGUCAGAGAAGGAGAGGGCCGAGGCUGAGAAGGCUGAGGAAGUGCUGGCCGGAGAGGAGGCCCCCACAGAGAGGGCGGAGGACGAGGCGAGCACUGACCUCGCAGCUCCCGUGAACGGCGAGGCCGCGUCCCAGAAGGGGGAAAGUGCCGAGGACAAGGAGCCAGAGCAAGUACAGAACUCGGAGGAGGGGCUGGGGGGUGGCUCCUCCGAAGACCUGUUACACAAUGACACCGUGAGGGAGGGCCCUGACCUGGAUGGGCCCGGGAAGGAGUGGCUGGACCGAGAGCGGCUGAGGAUGGACUCGGAGUCCCUGGACGAGGAGGAGAGCUGAGCCGGGCAGCCUGUGGCCAGGCCCUGCCGUCCUGAACAACUGUCCAGUGCCGGCCUGGCUCCUUCCUGCUGCCCAGAGAGCAGAGAACUGUUGGGGAGACGCUGUGCUGUUCGUUUGUAUUUGUCCCCCUGGGUUUUUUUUUUUGCCUAAUUUCUGUGGUUUCCAACCCACAUGAAAUGACUAUAA